AAGAUGGCGCUAAGCAAAACCUUUGGACAAAAACCUAUAAAAUUCCAGCUUGAGCAAGAUGGGGAGUUUUAUAUGAUUGGAUCGGAGGUUGGAAACUACCUGCGCAUGUUCAGGGGGUCAUUGUAUAAAAGGUAUCCAUCUCUUUGGCGAAGGCUAGCAUCAGUUGAAGAAAGGAAAAAAAUUGUAGCAUCGUCGCACGAUCAUGGUUACACAACUUUAGCCACCAGUGUGACUCUACUGAAGGCGUCUGAAGUUGAAGAGAUCUUUGAGGGGAAUGAUGAGAAGUACAAGGCAGUAUCCAUCAGCACAGAGCCACCAGCCUACCUCAGGGAGCAAAAGGCAAAGAGGAACAGUCAGUGGGUCCCCACCUUACCCAACAGCUCCCAUCACCUGGAUGCAGUGCCUUGUUCCACCACUAUAAACCGAAACCGUAUGGGCCGUGACAAGAAGAGAACCUUUCCCUUAUGUUUCGAUGACCACGAUCCUGCCGUGAUCCAUGAGAAUGCUGCUCAGCCAGAGACACUGGUCCCUAUUCGCCUGGAUAUGGAGAUCGACGGGCAGAAACUCCGAGACGCUUUCACUUGGAAUAUGAACGAGAAGCUGAUGACCCCUGAGAUGUUUGCUGAGAUCCUGUGUGACGAUUUGGACCUCAACCCCCUCACCUUCGUCCCCGCCAUCGCGUCAGCCAUCCGCCAACAGAUCGAGUCAUAUCCCACUGACAGUAUACUGGAUGAGCAAACUGACCAGAGAGUCAUUAUUAAGUUAAAUAUCCAUGUAGGGAACAUCUCCCUGGUGGACCAGUUUGAGUGGGACAUGUCUGAGAAGGAGAACUCGCCGGAGACGUUUGCCCUGAAGCUGUGCUCUGAGCUGGGCCUCGGUGGGGAGUUUGUCACCACUAUCGCCUAUAGUAUCCGGGGACAGCUCAGCUGGCACCAACGGACGUACGCCUUCAGUGAGAACCCUUUGCCUACUGUGGAGAUCGCCAUCCGCAACACAGGUGAUGCCGACCAGUGGUGCCCCCUGCUGGAGACACUCACAGAUGCUGAGAUGGAGAAGAAGAUCAGAGACCAGGACAGGAACACAAGACGGAUGAGACGACUUGCCAACACUGCCCCAGCCUGGUAGAAGAAUGACUUCCGUUACCUCUCGAUGAGCUUCAACCUUAAAGACUCCCAGGAAGACAGGGGACUGCUGGAGUGACACGCCACACCAUACAUCACAAUCCUCCAGCUCACAGACCUUCUCUUUUCCACAACAACAGCAUUACAAACUGUGCACAAACUGGGGAUCAGUGUUGGUGUCCCACUCCUCCACGAUUAGUAGACCUCCGCUGGACCUGCGCCGGUUUUAAAAAAAGAGACUUUUUGUAGUCACUGUGUUUCUGAUCUGAGCUCAGGAGAAUAUACAGUUCAUCUAGACGUUUGGAACUUAGUUACACACGAAUUGUAGAGGAGUAACAAGUGAUAUUUUCUGAAAUAAUGUGCUUUUUUUUUCUAAAGGUGCUGAAUUUAUCUCCUGUGAACUUGACGUUGC